AUGCCACCACCGCUACGAGAGGACAAGAGACUUGAGCGGUCGUUUCAAUGUCUGGGCUCGUAUUUCAUCAAUGUCGGGCUCGGAGAUGGGGCCAUUCAUCUCCUUCUCGACGAGAACGAGAUGGAGAAGCACGACCAAGUCGUCAGCGCGGUGCUGGUUGACGGCGGCAUACCCGGCGACGAUCACAUCGUCAAGACCAUCGAAGAAAUCAUGACCAGAUAA